AUUGGGUUUACAGCCAGACCGCCCAAGUGCCUAGUUCUGAAACUAUUGGCAACGCUUUGACACGAGUCCGGCUGUGGUCUCGGACGCAUAAUAUUGUAGUUUAUUAUAGUUAAUUGUGUGUGUGUGCGUGAUUUCUGUCGUUCUUUAUGAAUACCUGAAGGAAAGACGAAAAUGUUCCAGUUGGUCAUAACGCUGCUCCUGACCAGCCUCUCAUUAGCAGCGCUUGAUGACAGACCUCGCAUAAGAUGCGACUCGGGCCAUCUGCAGUUACAAGGAGGAGAUGGCAAGAACAUCACCCUGUCCACGAAGGGAAGAGGCGCUGUGGUCGUCAACGGCGUAGACGUGGCCAAUUCCCUCUCCCUGGUAUGGUCAGUCCGCGGACAACUGCAGAGUUUAAACAACACAGACCUGGGAUAUUUGGUCCAGAAUUUGUCUCGUGUGGCCCAAACAGUAGCUUCUGUCACCUGGAUAUCGACUUCAAUAAGUGGUCUCAACAGGAGUGUUUCAACAAAUACGAACAACAUAGGACGAUUGCGCGGUGACGUCACUCAGAUACGAACGACUUUGGAUCCGUUAGCAGUGAAUGUGUCCAGGCUGAGUUCCUUAGCCAGCCUCGCUACUCCCGAAGGGACCCAGCGCGUUCAGAAUCUACUCAACAGAUUGGAUCAACUUCAGCAGUCGAGCGCCACUGACCUCCAGAGAAUUCGGGACCUUUCGGACAACAUCGUCCCACAGAUCCGUCAGACAAUCGCCGAAGUUCAGUCCCAGAUCUCUGGCUUGCCCGAACUUGAAGACCGUCUAGCGGCUCUUGAAAUCCAAGUGAACGAGACAAUCACUGUGGGGGGCGGGGGUUCGUUGCCCCAAAAUUUCCUGAGGAACUUUAGGAGGGUCAAAAGAAACCUGAGGCAACUGAAGGCGGAGCUUUUGGUCAACGAAUGCAACAGCGGUCCGUGCCAGCAUGGCGGCACCUGCAUCGAUGGUUACAAGAAGUUUACCUGCAUUUGCCCCAAAGGCUGGGAAGGGGAAGACUGCAGCGAAGACUUCAACGAAUGCGAGGAGUAUGUCGGGACGGAUAUGGGCUGUCAGAACGGAGCCACCUGUACCAACACCGACGGGGGAUAUAGGUGCUCCUGCCCCCCCGGGUGGUUUGGCGUCCGCUGUACCGAAAGGAACACGAAUUGCUCGACCGGUUCCGGUACGGGUUUAUGCGGACCAAACGGCAUCUGCAUUCCUUCUCCGAGGGGCCAGCAUCCUUACUCUUGCAUCUGCGAUGAGGGUUGGAAAAGUGGAACAAGCAGUCCAGCUUGUGUGGACGUUGACGAAUGUACAGCUUCACAGCCCCGGUGUUCGCACGAUCCACCUGUCCAGUGUGUGAAUUUUCCUGGAGGGUUCUCCUGUGGUCCUUGUCCUCAAGGAUACUCCGGCAAUGGAUUCUUCUGCAGCGACAUCAACGAGUGUCUCUUCAGUAACGGUGGAUGUUCUCCUUUCAGCAGAUGUGAAAACAUAAGAGGUAGUCGUCGAUGUGGCCCGUGUGCUUCAGGGUAUACAGGAGACGGGGUGACCUGCAUGCCCAUCCCUAAUCCUUGUCUAAAUAACCCGUGUCAUCCUUUGGCUACAUGCAGUUACAAUCCCAGAAUGUCAUCGUCUUACUACCAGUGCAUCUGUCCGCCUGGGUACCAGGGUAGUGGCAUGGGAUUCAAUGGCUGUGUACCAUCGGGGACUGGGGGAGGAACAGCAGGGGGAGGAGGAGGAGGUCAAGAAUGUGGUACUUGCACUCAGUACCCUGGGUCUUACAUUACAAAUUGUAUUUGUCUCCCUGGUUAUACAGGUCAAAACUGUGAGUUGGACAUGGACGAAUGUAUGAGUCAGCCCUGCCUGAAUGGAGGCACUUGCACUCAGGGACUGAACUCCUUCACAUGCAGGUGCACGGCGGCUUUCACAGGAGAUCGGUGCCAGACGGAGACUGAACAAUGCGGGGGCCGCCUGACUGGGAGUGAGGGACAGGUAGCCUACCCUGGAAUUCAGGGUCAAACCUACGGGCACAACAUAAGCUGUCCCUAUGUGAUCAUCGUGCCGAACAACCAGGUCAUCAACCUCACCUUCCAUUAUUUCCAUUUGGAAGGCAGUGGGCGCAACUGUAUAUUUGACUGGCUUCAGAUUCACGACGGGGGUAGUUCCAGUUCGCAGCAAAUUGGUCGCUUUUGCGGCACAACUCUUCCGGGAAACAACGGUAGCAUCAUAAGCACUCACAACCGACUGUACCUUUGGUUUAGGUCAGAUCAUUCCUUGGCGGGCUACGGAUUUAAUUUCACCUGGAAUGCUACUGAUCCAGUUUGUGGUGACCACGUAGAAGGGCGAGAGUACGGAUCCAUCAAUUCACCUGGGUAUCCAGGAAGAUACCCAAUAAACCGAGAUUGUUACUACACCAUCCGCGUGAGGCCGGGAAAGAGAAUUCGUUUCCACUUUGCCACUUUGCAAAUUGAGCACCAUCCCAACUGCAGUUUCGAUUUUGUCGAGGUGAAGGACGGUUUAACCGAAAACGGACGCAGCCUCGGGAAGUUCUGUUCUACGCAGGCGCCGGCACCUCUUACGACAUCCGGAUCCGAAGCGUUCAUCCACUUCCAUUCGGAUUACUCGGACACCGAUACCGGAUUCCACAUAUCAUUCAGCGCUGAACCGGGCAUACCUGGCUGCGGGGGUCUCCUGACAAACGACAUGGGCGAAUUUUCUCCUCCCACUCAGUCCAGCCUCUACGAACACAACCUCCAUUGCGAGUGGCAGAUUCGAGUGCCCCAAGGGGAGACGGUCUUGCUCAACUUCACCGAAUUUCACCUGGAGAGAAGUCACGCGUGUCGUUGGGAUUACGUCGAGAUUCGAGAUGGCGGAAGCCCAGAGAGCCCUGUGAUCAGGAGGGCUUGUGGAUUAGAGUCAGAUCCCAGAUCCAGUCGAAUCCAUGGCAACCAGCUGUUCGUCAUCUUCACUCGGACCACUCAGUGAGCAGAACAGGAUUCAGGGCAGGUCUACCAAGUUGCAUGCGGGGGGGAGUACUCCGGCGAUACUGGCUUGAUAAGGACGCCCUACCACCCGGAGCAUUAUCCCCACAAUCGCGAAUGCAUCUACAUUAUCAACCAACCCGUUGGAAAAGCCAUAAAGCUCAAUUUCACAGCGUUCGACAUCGAGCGACCAUCCUUCUGGCGAGGGUGUGUUUUCGACUAUGUCGAGGUGAGGGACGGCAGGAGGCACACAUCCCCUCUGCUUGGAAGGUUCUGCGGACCAGAGUCCCAUCGCCCCGAUCCUGUCAUGUCUACCCUCAAUUAUAUGUGGCUGAAAUUCGUCACGGACUCCUCUGUGAGCAACCACGGGUUCAUCGCUAACUACACCACUAUCGACACAACUUGUGGCGGUGUCCUACGAGUCCUAUCGGGCCACAUAACGUCACCGAACAGCCCCGACAGGUAUCCCCACAACACCGACUGUUACUGGGUCCUCGACCUCCCUUCCGGCUACGUCAUCCAGAUCACCUGGCAGACUUUCGCCCUCGAGAGCGCCUACAAUUGCGACUACGAUUAUGUCGAGAUCUUCGACAACUCCUCCAUCCCGGGGAACGGCGGACAGAUGGGCCAGCGUUACUGUGGUGACACUGUGCCUCCGAUCAUGACCUCCUCUGACAACCUGGUGACCAUCCACUUCCAUUCCGAUUACUCUGCCAAUCACGACGGCUUCUCUGCCAUUUAUCACGGCAUCGAUGCCUCCCGAAUGUGCGGUGGGCACUACCAUACCAGCAGUGGCGUGAUCACGUCUCCCAACUACCCCAAUAACUACCCCUCCUCGAGAACGUGCGAGUGGACCGUCACCGUAGGGCGCGGGAGACAGAUCAGACUCCUCUUCAAUGACGUCGAAAUUGAACAAUCAGAGGACUGUCACUAUGACGCCUUGGAAAUUAGGAAUGGAGCAACAGCCACGUCCCCUUUGAUGACAAGCAUCUGCAGCAAGAACAAAACGAUUCCAGAGAUGUUCUCUCAUCAUCACCAAGUGUACAUUAAGUUCAGGACUGACGACAGUGCCACAGAGAGGGGCUUCAAGAUAGCCUGGGACUCCGCAUCAACCGGAUGCGGCGGUACCUUAACAACAGUCACAGGUGAAAUCAUCUCCCCGGGGUAUCCCCAGCAGUACCACGACUUCCUUGACUGCACUUGGACCAUUCGCGUGGGCCAGGGGUCAAAGGUCAUGCUGCACUUCAUUGACAUCAACCUAGAAGAGAACUCUGAAUGCUACUUCGACUUUGUUGAGGUUCGCGACGGACCAUCUUCCAAUGCGCCAUCUCUCGGUCGCUUCUGUUCGACUUCUCACGGAUUCAUAUCGAUUAAUUCGACGUCGAACACCUUGUGGCUGAGGUUCCACUCGGAUCACAGUCACGUCGGGAGAGGGUUUAAAGUACAGUAUGUCACAGGAUGCAAUAACGUCCUGAGGGGGCACAGGGGCGUCAUCGUAACGCCCAACUACCCGAACCCGUACCCUCAUCAGAGAAACUGCACCUGGACCAUCAUGGCGCCGAGGGGGAACUCCAUCAACGCGUCCUUCAGUGACUUUGUUCUAGAGGAUCACAUGAAUGCUGACAACACUCGCUGCCUUUUCGACUACGUUGAUGUUAGAGCCCGGCAGAGGGAAGGUUCCCAAGUAGAUACAAUAGGCCACUAUUGCCAGGGGAGGCCAGCCCCACCACCGAUAGUCACGGGCCCGAGAAUGGAUAUUUUGGAGAUCAACUUCGUCAGUGACAUUUCCGUGGCAGAAAACGGCUUCCGGCUGGAGUGGAUAGUCAAUGGUUGUGGACAGGAGCUCACGAAGUUCUCGGGCACAUUUACAAGUCCGAACUACCCGAAUGACUACCCCGUCAACACCGACUGUGAGUGGUUCAUCAAAACGGCGCCAGGCACAAGGAUCAAGAUUACGGUCCACGACUUCGACUUAGAAACGGCCGAUGACUGCAUAUACGACAAGCUCAGGAUAUACGGAGGAGAAAACGAGAAAUCCCCUUUGCUGACAACUAUGUGUCACAAAAAGAGGAUUCCUUUAGAAUUCACCACGCAAGGGAACAAUGCCUACCUGGCAUUCCACAGCGAUCAGACUGUACGAGGAAAGGGAUUCAACAUCUCCUACACUACUCUCCCCGGCGGAUGCGGAGGUUCCUUCACGGCCAUCAAAGGCAGCAUCCAUUCCCCCAACUACCCGGCACAGUACGACCCCCAUUCUGACUGCGUCUGGGUCAUCACUGUCGACCAGCAGCACAUCGUCGAGCUCAACUUCGUCGACUUCGACGUCGAGCCGGACACUAACUGCUCUUACGAUUACGUCUCGGUUUAUGAUGGAGGCAGUACGGAGGCUCCAGAAAUCCUCCAGCACUGUGGACCAAACCUCCCAUCGCCACCUUCUCUCAAGUCUACAGGAAAUACCUUGACGGUCAGACUAAAAGCAGACGCUAAUAUAGGAGCCAAAGGAUUCCUGGCUAAUUAUACAAGGGGUUGUGGCGCUACUAUCGAUGUCACCUUGGACGAGAGUGGCGAGUUGUCCUCGCCCCACUACCCUCACUAUUAUAUUCCGAUGCUCAAUUGUUCCUGGCACUUACAAGCACCAGAGGGAUCCAGAAUUUUAAUGCACAUCGUUCACCUUGAUAUAGACACUUGGUUUGUGACAGCAGAGAACUGCACCAGAGAAUACCUUUCUGUCAGAGAUGGCCCCAUGAACGAUUCCCCAGAGAUUGGCAGAUAUUGUGGGCACAGGGCACCUAGAUCCAUAGCCUCUACCGCCAAUUACCUCACAGUCAACAUCUUCAAAGAUUAUGGAUUUGGAGUCGGGUUCAGAGCCACUUACAGCGUGCUGACCUCUACGUGCGGUGGUGACCUGACCUCUUUAGCAGGAGAAUUAGCAAGUCCUGAAUACCCUCAGCCCUAUCCAGUAUCCAUCGACUGCAUAUGGACGAUCAAUGCUGGUCCAGGAAACCGACUGCAACUCAACUUCGAAGACUUCGACGUCGAAGAAUCUGAUGGAUGCAACAGUGACUAUCUGGAGGUGCACCAGCGGGAUCCUACAGGACCGCUCCUCCUUCAUAACUGUUCAUCGACUCCCUCUGCAUCUUCGUCCUCCUCCUCCUCUUCCUCCUCCUCGGCCUUGUCGGUUCCUCCAUCCAUCACGACCCACAACAAAAUGUGGAUUAAGUUCAAGUCCGACGAAGCUAAUGCAGGGGCUAGAGGCUUUUUGGCUUCUUACAGCAUAGUUUUUGGUGACGAAAUAUUCGGGGACUCGGGUGAGAUUGUCUCACCAUUGUACCCCCACUUCUUCCACAAUCCGGAGGACAUCCUGUGGACGAUCUCCGUGCCAAGGGGGAAGUACGUGUCCAUUCGCAUGGAGGAAAUGCUGAUCGAGAGAAAUCCUAUGAACGACGACUGCUAUGCAACUCUUGUGUUCUACGACGGGAGGAACACGCCCGAAACAGCUCCCUCCCUCGGCACCUUCUGCGGAAAUCAGCCGCCUGAUAGUCGCGUCGUGUCUACCGGAAAUGUCGUCACGGUGCGGUUCAGCACGUCGAAUUUCUUCAGAGGUUCCCGUUUUCGGCUCACCUACGUCGCCGCUGACGAAGGCGGGGGUUCAGGCGUCACUCAGACUGGAAGCAACAACUGCACGUAUCAAGUGCGCCUGAAUGGAUCCCACGUCUUCCGCAACCCGGGGCACCCUGGUUAUGCCAACAACCUCGACUGCGAGUGGAUCAUAGAGGCUGAUCCCCACAACAGCAUUUCCAUUUUCGUGAGCUACGAGCUGGAAGAAUCAUUACCGUGUUAUUACGAUCGUCUCUUGAUCUACGAUGGCCUCGAAGGCACCCAGAACUGGAAUCUGACUCGCAAGCUGUGUCGACGAGAUCAACUAUUUCAGCGUCACUUCGUCUCCUCAGGGAGGUUCCUCAGAGUAAGGUUCGUCACCGACAGUAGCUAUGCAAGGACGGGUUUCACUGCGAUAGUCAACGAAGUUUGUGGUGGGUAUCUCCACGGCCCUGAAGGGCAGAUUUCAACUCCCAGAUACCCAGAAAACUACCCCAAUCACGUGAACUGCGACUGGAUUAUCAAAGUAGGCAUCGGGAGGACCAUCAAGUUAGAAUUUGACGAUUUCAAAGUGAUGAACACAACACCUGCUUGCGGUGGUGACUACCUCUUGGUGCGGAACGGAGAAAGCCUUUCGUCCCCUUACCUCGGAAUCGGAAAGUUCUGUGGGACCUCGAUUCCCCAAAUCCCCGAGAGCUCCUCGAACGCAAUUCGUCUACAUUUUGUCUCUGAUGCCAGCAUUAAUGAAAAAGGAUUUAAAGUUCGAUUCUACGAGGAAGCAGCCUCAUGUGGCGGUCUUCAUCAUAUAACAACAGACCUUCCCAAACUGACCUUCAUUUCUCCCAAUUACCCAAAUCCGCCUAAUCCUCACACCGAGUGUUCCUGGACGAUCAUGGGACCAGCGGGGAAAUCGAUUGCUUUCAAUAUUAUCGAAAUGGACAUACUAACUUAUAGUGACAACUGCGACCAAGCAUUCGUCGAAGUGCGCGACGGCGGGACCGUUCUGUCCCCAUUGCUGACCAGAGCUUGUGGGAACACCCCGCCCAGUACCCAACAUAGCACCGGGAACGCCCUUUUCAUCCGAUACUUCAAUGACAUCACGGAUCCACACUCUGGCUUCAAGGCUGAAGUUACUAUUGAUACCUGUGGAGGAACGUACAGUGCUGACGAGACAGGUAUCAUCACUUCUCCGAACUACCCGGCCCCAUACUCAGCGGACGUGAAUUGCACCUGGAGAAUCGUCGCUCCAGUCGGCCAUUACCUGAGUCUCUCCUUCCUUGACGUCGAUAUUGACAACGCUGGCGAUAACUGUUCCGAGCCCGAGGGAAGAGUUGUAGUCAGGGAGAAAAAUGCCACUGGUGAUGUCCUUGGUAUGGUGUGUGGUAGCGGAGUCGAAGUGCCACCCAUCGAGACUGGUUCCAACAUUGCUUACGUCACUUUCCGCGGGGCACAUAAUCCCUUCCGUCACAACGGAUUCCGCUUCAUGUUCAACAAGAGCUUUGAAGAAUGCGGAGGAGAGCUGGUUGGCCCAACGGGGGAAUUCGCUUCUCCGGGGUAUCCUCAUGGCUACGGGCAUCGAAGGUACUGCGUGUGGAACAUCAAGGUUCCUGAAGGACGAAGAGUGCGACUGGACUUCGUAGACUUCGACCUCCCGCGUACAGAUGUGAACUUUGGAGGAUACGUAUUUUCCUUGUGUUCUGCAUAUGCUGAAGUGAGAAAUGGACCACUUCGAGGACCGCGGAUGGUAGGCGGCUUCUUUUGUGGCCCUGACGCAGGAGGAAGGAGCUUCAAUUCGAGCAUGAAUGAAAUGACUGUGAGGUUUGGGUCGAGGAGGGCCAACCCAGGACGAGGGUUCAGAGCCCGAUGGUCUUCCGAUGAACCGUCAGAGUGUGGCGGCCUCCUACCCUCCACGUCAGGACGGAUCUCUUCCCCAGGAGCUGAAUCUGGAGGAUAUAACCACAGUCUCUACUGUAUCUGGAAGGUCAACAACCCCAACCCUGCCAACUCUUCAUUUUUCGUUCAAAUCGAUGACCUCCACAUUGAAAGGAGGUGUUGGGAUUUCAUCAUGGUGCAAGGAGUUACUGCUGAGUCAGAGGUCGUUGAUAUACAAAAGGUCUGCAACGAUUACUCGAGGGAGACCAUAGUUGUGCCUUAUCCUACUCUACAGAUAUCCUUUAUUACUGACUCUAGCGUCAAUCAAACCGGAUGGAACCUUACCUACGGACUUAGUCUCUGCGGAGGGGUCCUGCGAGGUCCCCAAGACAUCAUGCACUCGCCCAACUACCCGAGAAACUACCCAGAUAACACGCACUGCUCUUGGGUGCUGAAUUACGAAGAGGGAUCCCAGAUUGACUUUGAAUUCACCGAUUUCAAGUUGGAGAACUCGAUUCACCACGAUUACGUAGCUCUUCACAAUGGGCCAAGGCUUACGUCACCCGUCAUUGGCCGGUAUACGGGCACUAAACAGGCAGGGCAUGUUGCCCGGUCCAUGACCAAUGCCCUGAUGCUCCAGUUCCAUUCAGAUGGUUCUGGCAAUGACAGGGGUUUCCAAGCUAGGUCGUCAAUCCAUGAAAGAGGCUGUGGGGGAAGAUACCACGGAAUAACUGGGAACAUUUCCAGCCCCGGGUUCCCGUCGAAUUACGAGGCGAAUCUGGAAUGCAUUUGGGAAGUCGAUGUCCAGUAUGGCUACCACGUCGUCUUCACAUUUGUCGAACGCUUCGACCUCGAGACAGGAAACCCAUGUCAGAAUGACUACGUACAAUUCUUCCAUGCUGGUCAGACGGAAGUCGACCACGCCGUCGAGUGGGUGGAGGACCGAAAACUCUGCGGGAAGCAGAUGCCCCCCCCUGUCGUAUCGACAGGACUCCGGGCAAAACUACUUUUCCACACGAAUGAUCAGCAACAAGGCCAAGGCUUCAAGGUAACAUGGAAUCUGAUAUGUGGGAACAACUAUACAAGUGACUUCGGCUACAUCACGUCUCCAGGAUUCCCAGGUGUCUACCCCGAUAACGCCGACUGCCUCUUCAGAAUUGUAACGUCGCCAGAGAACUAUGUGAGAAUUGAGUUCAAUUCCUUCCAGUUAGAAGGUGGAUACAAUUGUUAUUAUGACUGGGUGUUCAUCACAGAGGCACGAGGGCUAAAUCAGUGGAAUCGCCCUCGAUCUUGGGGGAAAUACUGCGGCACUGAAGUUCCCGAAGCCAUAACUGCCCGCGGCAGUGUGAGCAUAGCUUUCGUCUCGGACUUUUCAUAUAGGAUGAGAGGCUUCUCGCUCAACUAUACUAUCGAGGCGUGUGGUGGAAAUUUAACAGCACCGGGAAUCAUCCAGCUACCAACCAGGCCACAGUACCAUAACAGCAUGCAUUGUGUUUGGGACAUAAAGGCCCCAGAAGGGAAGGUUCCACAUUUCAAGUUUGAGACCCUCGUACUGGAGACGGACUACGAAUGCCUGUACGACAGCGUCAGCAUCUACAAUGGGUUGGUGGAGGACGACUCGAAGUUGCUCUCCCGUUUCUGCGGCAACCACACCAGCGCUCUGCCCAUUCUGUCCGGGAAGGGCAGAGACACCAGGAUCGUUUUCCGCAGCGAUGGAUCCGUGACCAGGGAAGGAUUCAAGAUUACCGUCCAAUUCACCUACGCAUGCGGAGGUAACGUCAACAUAUCGAGUUCUGGAGCCAUAGAAACCAUCAGAUCACUAGAUGCUGAUAACGAUGGGAACUAUGAGGCUCUUCUCAGCUGCGAAUGGCUGGUGGAGGGACUUCAAGACAACGUAAUUCAACUUAACUUCACAAGACUUAACCUUGAGCCCAGAGGCGAGAAUGACACCGUUGCCUGUCCCUAUGAUUUCGUUGAAGUCUACGACGGACCUUCAGCGUCUUCAGAGCCCAUCGGGACCUUCUGCAAUUCGACCACUCUCCCUACAAUCGCGUCGUCCUCAAACGUCAUGUUUAUACGCUUCAGGUCGGACAGCGCCAAUCAGAUGCCAGGCUUCACCGCCAAAGUUUCCAACCUUCCGCACCCAUGCGGGGCAUCGAGUCUGGUAGCAACAGACCAGGGCCAGGUGUUGCAAUCACCUGGGUAUCCCAGCCAAUACCCUCUCAGCAUCCGCUGUCGGUGGGUCAUACGCGCCCCAGAGACCGAGGAGUAUGUCCACCUUAGCAUCGACGACAUGAAUCUGGAAGCAUCAACUCGUUGCGCCAAAGACCAGCUUUACAUAACUGAAUAUUAUGGGGUGUCCAGUGCACCUUUGCCUAUUAAUGUUGGUGGCGAUGAGUCCCUCCGCUACCCAGUAGAUGUUGGAGGUCGGCAAGCCUACUUCACAUAUGGCAGUGGGUUAUCACAUGGGUACUGUGGUACUAGUAUACCCCAUCAUCUGUGGUCAGACUCAAAUGGCGUCGAGGUGCGCUUCAGGAGUGACGAAGCCAUAGCAGGCCCUGGCUUCAGGCUCCAUUACAGUGUAGGAAGCUGCAAUCGGACGUUUAACGGGACUUCCGGAUCCAUUAGGAGCAGAGGCUCCGGCAGGAGCUGCUUCUUCCAGAUCUUGGCUCCAGAGGGACGUUACGUUAAUGUGUACUUCAAUGGCCUGUACCUUAGGAACAGAGGAGGCGACUGUGGCAGUAAUGUUUUGAAGGUAUAUGAUGGCCCUGAAGCAAGUGGAGAACCAGUAAUGGCUGUUUGUGGUUAUCGACUACCUAAUCCAGUGUUUUCGACUGGCAAUUCUCUCUACGUUGCCUUCACCCCGUCGAGAUAUGGAGACUUCAGACUAACAUAUACCACUUCUAAUCAACCUGGCGGGUGUGGUGGUGAAAUGUACGCCGACACCCUUGCAAGACUCUCUAGCCCUGGAUACCCUGAACCAGCGCCCCCUGGGUUAGACUGUAUGUUUACCAUCUCUGUCUCUCCCAAUAAACACAUAGCUCUGCGUGCAGCUGAUAUUGAUUUCGGUUCCCAAGAAACAUGCAACGCGACUUAUCUAGAAUUAUACGAUAUUCACGCCAGCGGUCAGGCUGUACUUUUUACCACACUGUGCGGAUCGGAGGAAAUGGCAAGCCAUUUAGCACCUAGUUACAGAAUGGCAUUACGUUUUGUUACUAGCAAUUCCACACAGACUGGCCUUGGGUGGAUGAUGGCUGUAGCUCCAGCAACACCACAUGAAGACACAGUUUUCGAUGACCCACCCAGUGAAGAUGAAGGAAAUACAGAAAGCCCUGAGCCAUAGGGAAUUAUCUCAAGUUAACGAUUAAUUGCAAGACUAGAAAUAUGAUCAUCAACUGACCACAGGAUACGCAGAGCAAAUAUUUAAGUCAUGUUGGAGGAGUUCACGAAAGCAUUUUCAACGAAUCAUUUAAUCUGGUGGAAAACAAGCAUGACUGAGUAAAAGAAAUAGGGAUCAUCACAAUGAUAAAUAGAUUUUUUAAUUGUCUAAAUUUCAAUGCAUGAAGUUUUUGUGCUUUCUUUUGCUAUGCUUCAAAGAUUUUUUCACUGCUAUAUCACAUAACCAAAAUGAAACUUCUCUCUCACUCUUUCUAGUAGCCAGUUGAACAGCAUAGCAGUUUAAUAAUCCUCUCUCACUCUUUCUAGUAGCCAGUUGAACAGCAUAGCAGUUUAAUAAUCUUCUGUUAUUAGCGUACUGCUCAUGAGAUUUCAGACGUCUUACUGGAUGCCAAAUACAGUUUAUGAGAUUUCAGACGCCUUACUAGAUGCCAAAUACUGUUUAUGAGAUUUCAGACGUCUUACUGGAUGCCAAAUAUUUUAUGAGAUUUCAGAUGUCUUACUGGAGGCCAAAUACUGCUAAUGAGAUUUCAGAUGUCUUACUGGAUGCCAAAUACCACUCGUGAGUUUUCAGAAGUCUUACUGGAAGCCAAAUUAGAUGCCAAAUACCGCUCGUGAGUGGUCAUAUGUCUUAUAUUUGGCAUCCAGUAAGUGACCAUGGCUAUAUUAUCGAGAAUCAUAUGUUCUAAGCAGGAUUUGUUUAAAAGUGACUACGGUUUUCUUCCUUAUUUGUAUAUACUGAGACAAUAAAAGUGACACCAAUAACGAAU